ACGCCUACCGUGAUUUUUGUUGAGUUCGCGAAGCAUGUAAACACUGUCAGUCCCCCGCUCAGUUUUUCCAUCAGGCCGUCUGAACAGAACCGGGUCAUGAUGAUGAAGUCCUGCUGUACUUACACUGUGGGAGUUCUGUCUAUUCUGCUGUUAAUCUGCGGGAUCGCGAUGGUUCUGUCACGAGUCUUUGAGAACCUAAUAAACAACAGGGUAAAAAAGGAAAUCGUUCUGGUGAAUGGAACAGACGCCUUCUCAGUUUGGCAAAACCCUCCACCGCCGGUUUACAUGCAGUUUUACUUUUUUAAUCUGACCAAUCCUGCAGAGGUUCUGGACGGAUCCAAACCCUCCGUCGUACAGAUCGGACCGUACACAUACAGGGAGUAUCGACCGAUGGAGGAAGUGAACUUUUUGGAUAACGGAACGAAAGUGGCAGCCAUCAAUCCAAAGACGUACGUGUUUGAGCCUAAUAUGUCAAGUGGCUCAGAGGACGACAUCGUCCGAACCGUCAACAUACCUGCUGUGACAGUGAUGGAGAGAUUUAAAGAUAGCAUCCUGAGUCGAAUUAUCAAUGACUUGAUGAUAUCGAAGGGUACCGGUGUGUUUGGGACUUUUCGGGUGGGUGACCUGCUCUGGGGUUAUGAAGACCCUCUGCUCAAAGAUCUCAAGAAAUUUGUCCCAACCCUAGAUGACAACUUUGGACUUUUUUACAAGAAAAACGGCACCAGUGAUGGAGAUUAUGAGUUUUUGACGGGGACGCAGAACUAUAAGGAUUUUGCUCGUAUAGACAAGUGGAACGGACAGAGUUCAUUAAACUGGUGGAGCACUGAUUCCUGUAACAUGAUCAAUGGAACUGAUGGAGCCUCUUUUCAUCCAAUCAUCACUAAGACGGAGAAACUCUACAUAUUUUCUUCUGAUCUCUGCAGAUCUCUGUAUGCAGUGUAUGAAUCAGACGUGAGUGUACAAGGACUCCACGGCUUUCGCUUCGUUCCUCCCAGUGAGGUUUUUGCCAAUAUCACCAUUAACCCGGAUAACGCUGGGUUCUGUGUUCCUAACGGGACCUGUCUCAGUUCUGGUCUGCUCAACGUCAGCAUGUGUAAAGAAGGAGCUCCCAUCAUCAUGUCCUCCCCUCAUUUCUAUCAGGCUGAUGACAAAUACGUCCAGGAUGUUUUUGGAAUGAACCCCAGGAAGGAGGAACAUGAAACAGCCAUUGAUGUAAACCCGCUCACUGGACUUUUACUUCAGGCUGCGAAGCGUCUUCAGGUGAAUGUCUAUCUGGAGAAGAUCUCUGCAUUCAGUCAAACAGCAAAUAUCAUGACGUUGGUGUAUCCAGUGAUGUACAUUAAUGAGAGUGUUGUUAUUGAUGAAGAAUCUGCAAAGAAGCUGAAAGUGGUUAUUACUGAGGCUGAAGUUGUCAUCAAUGUCCCCUUCAUCGUGAUUGCUCUUGGCAUCUUACUGGGUGUGGUCUUCAUAGUGAUCAUAUGCAAACAGAAAGUCCCAGAGAGCUCAGCAGAUGAACGUCAGCCCCUGAUCUCAUCAUAAACUCCACGAGAAACAGCUCAACAUCACCACGACUCACAUUUCUGUAGACUUUAAGGUAGAUUUGACAGCACACACAGCAAGAGUCUGGGCUUCAGUUCAGCCAUCACACAAAUCAAAGUCAAAAGUUUGACUGGUGUCACCUGGUCAAGUGUCAGAUUUGCCAUCAAUGAAGUUCUUUUAAAUGUGUUUUAUAAACUGAACCAAGUCAAACAGGCUUAUUUUACAGUUUUAUGUGGACAUUGUUGUGAUUCAACAUGUUAAACAUCACAGAUCUAAUAAUGUUCUUAUACGAGUCUCUAAGUGUCUAGAAAAUCAUUUCAAAACUAAUGCAACAUUUAUUCUGCUUUAUACGAGUGUAACUUAUGAGCUGGUGUUUAAAAAUCACUAAAUUCAUGUUUAUAUUCUGCUGCUGUGCAGAUUCUCACUACACAUGAUUUGGUGCCAUGAUGUAGAUUAUUUUUAUUUGUUUUGUCAUGUAAAGUUUUCUUCUUUGAUGUAAAAGCAUUAACUCCUCAAAUGCAUCUGCAACAUUUUAACUAUAAAAGUUUGAUAUACAAGUUCUCAAACUAUACAUCUCACCAUAACUGUGUGUUUACAUCAGACGUGAAUGAAGCGAAUAAAUCACACUAUUCGUGCGUAGUUGGACGCUUGAACAUUUUGAGUUAACUCGCUUCAUUUGCGCGUGAAAUUCAGACGUGAAUACACUCAAUUUGCCGGCUUUAGCUAGCUUGUAGUCUCAAUGUGUGUGUAUUGUAUAUAUAGCUCAAAUUGAGUAAAGAGUGUUUUUUUAAAACUGACCAGAUUGUCCGAUCCCUCGCUCAUUUUCUUCCAAGAUUGAAAGUGCUUGAAUCUAUUUUAUGCAAUAAGUUUUCUGGAAAAAAUCCAUAUUAUUCCCUGUGUAGUGUAGGAUAAUAUCAUUAAAUUUUAAUUUCCUUUUAAGCACACGUGCUUAACUGUUGGCUUUUUUGCAUAGUUGUGUUUGACACCUGAAAACGUCUUGGGUAACGUAUGUAACUGUUGUUCCCUGAGAAGGGAACGAGACGCUGCGUCUCUCUUGUCAUACUUCCUGCGUCCCUGUAACGCCGUCUUUGGCAAUAUUUCAGAUAGUGAUAUACUUCCUGACUCCCGCGUCACCCUGUCUUUGUCGUUAAACCUCACCAUUGGUUGAAUUUGAUAUACACAUUCAGACACACUUACCCCUGGAGGCGUCCCCAAAGUGUCACCACAGUGACGCAGCGCGAGUUCCCUCGAAAGGGAACUGUAACAAUGUAUCUUAAAAGGUAACACGAUGUAACCUUGCUCUCACUUGAAAUGUGUCCCCACAUUUAGUCCUUGAAUUUGAGGGUAUUGGACCUGGAAAGUCCUUGAAAGGUUCUUGAAUUUGAAGUUUGUGUCGUACAGGUGUCCACAUACAGCAAUGAUGAUUUUGUCCUCUGUUGUUGUUUCAUAUUUCUGCCUCAGCUUGCUACCCCAUAAUCACGUCACUACUAGAGCAAGCUCCUGAUUGGUUAAAGCGAUGUGAAUAUCUGCCAAAGUUCAGAUUUUUCAACUCGUGCGAUUUGCGUGAAUCACACGUUAUGCACAUCAAACGCUCAAUUGCAAGUCAUUUGCUCAAUGUCGUCAUUCCCACCGCCUCAAACAGACCGCAGGAUGUCUAUCGCAUCUUUGCAUUGACUUAACAUGUAAAUCACUCGCACUUAAUGCUUUAUUCGAGUCUGGUGUGAACGCACCAUAAGAGACUAUUGAGAUCAAAUCUUUUAUAUGCAACUACUGUCUAAAAUGACUUCAUUGACAUUUCAUGUUUCUUUAUAUUGUAAGUUGUUAAUGAAUGCAAUAUAUAGUCAGCGAUGUUUAUCUGGGACAGUAUUACUACAGUAUUGAGAGAAGAUAUUAACAUUAAUAUAUGGUACUGUAUUCCUCACAAUAUCUCAAAUUCAUUCAUUCAUUAUGAUGCACUGACAUUACCACAACUCCUCACCUCUAACACCGUUGUGUUUCUGUAAAGAGAGUUUUAAUUGAUCAAACCUCAGUAAACAGGAUUUUACCCAUUAACCAUUCACUCAACUCACGCUGAAUUUGAUCGUUUUUAAAACAUUUUCCAAUCCAUUUAUUUCAGCAUUGUCAUCUGAGCUUCUUAUUUUCUUAAAAAAAUAUAUUGCACUAUCAAUGUAACAAAAUAAUGACAACAUGUAAACAAAAAAUAAAUGUUACAACAUCUUC